AUGGCAUUUGAAUCCAAAUUAAGCACAGAGAUUUAUUCAGAAGAUACUACUACAGAAGUUGAUUCAAAUCAUAUUCUUUCAUCUGAAAAGAUUUUGCUCGUUGAUUCAGAAACCCAAAUCACCGAUUCUAGAAAACCAAACUACAAUCGUGUCAUAACCACUAAAUCACCUGUUCAUAGAACAAUCACCGACCUUCCACCUGCAUUAAUCUCUGAAAUCUUCAACUGCCUCGACCCAAAAGAACUCGGUGUUGUCUCCUGUGUCAAUCCAUCUUUAUACCAGAUUGCAUCCGACCACCACGUCUGGAAGCAGUUUUACUGCGAGAGGUGGGGGCUUCCGGCCGCCGGCGGCACCGCCACAAGCCGCCCGGUGGCCGAGUUUUCCGGCGAGAAGUCAUGGAAAGAGCUUUUCGUGGAACGUGAAUUCCAUAGCAAAACAUUUAUGGGACAUUACAAUGUCGAGAUUCUUUACGGACAUACUGAAACUGUAAGAACCGUUUUUCUUUUACCUUCUAGAAAGCUCAUCUUCACUUCGGGUUAUGAUUCCGUUGUUCGAAUGUGGGAUAUGGAAGAUGGAAUCUGCAUUUCCGCCUCCCGCCCUCUCGGAUGCACCAUCCGUGCCCUUUCCGCUGAUUCCAAGCUCUUGGUUGCCGGCGGUUCCGACGGUUUUAUCCACGGUUGGCGAGCCGAAGAAGGACACCCCCGUCUUUUCGACAUAAACGGUUCUCAAGAUCAGGAUCGGAAUCGGAAUCAGAAUCGGAAUCGGAAUCAUGAAUUCCGACUUUGGGAACAUCAAGUUUUAAUGCAUAACGAUUGGGUAUGGGCAUUGGUCCCACAUGACACGACAGUUGUAAGCACAGCGGGGUCCGAUUCAUACAUUUGGGAAACGAAUUCCGGUUCGCUUAUCGAUGUAUUCAAAGACACGCACGUCGGAAACGCGUAUUCCCUUGCCCGAAGUCACACGGGCAGUUUCGUGUUCACCGGAGGCGAAGACGGCGCGAUUCACAUGUUCGAGGUUAUAACCGAUCGUGUUAAGUCAUGGCGACCGAUUGCGACAUGGAAUCCGCAUUCCGCCCCGGUUCAUUCCCUCUCGUUUGAAUUCCCGUGGCUGGUUUCCGGUUCCGGAGAUGGGAAGCUUUCAUUGAUUGAUGUUCGGAAGCUUUUGAAGGGAAUCCGGGCGAUGAAACCGAAUAGAAGUCGGAAAGCUUUGAGUGUUGAGCCGCCACAAAGAAUGUUGAAUGGGUUGGGGAAGAGUGUGUUUUCGGUCAGCAUUGGGGCUGACCGGAUUGUGUGUGGUGGGGAGGAGGGUUCAGUUAGGAUUUGGGAUUUUUCUCGGGCAUUGGAAAGAGAGAAACGGGCAGCGGCUUUGAGGGGACUACGGGCAGAAAACCGAAUGAGGAGACAGAAGCUACAGAAAGAGAUUGAAAGUAAAGGUGGAAGGGUUGACCAAUGUUUGAUUGCUGCGAAAAGUCAAAUGAAUGGGGAGAGAAAUGGUGUGUGGUAUAACAAACGUGGGUUGAAGGUUAAGGGUUAA